GUGCUGUACACCUACGAGUCGCCGGCCGGCUACGGUUUGAUCGGGCUGCAGUUCCUCGCCUACCUCUGGUUCUGCUACGCCGUCCUGGUCACCCUCAAGCAGGUCCCCGAAAAACAGCCCUUCUACCUGCCCUUCUUCGCCGCCUACACCCUCUGGUUCUUCGCGGUGCCGGUGACGGCGCUGAUCGCCAACUUUGGGAUCCCCAAGUGGGCGCGGGAGAAGAUCGUCAACGGGAUCCAGCUGGGGAUCCACCUCUACGCCCACGCCGUCUUCCUGGUGAUGACGAGACCCUCGGCCGCCAACAAGAACUUCCCCUACCACGUGCGGACCUCCCAGAUCGGCUCUGCGGAGGGGGGGGCGGCCGCCAAGUUCCCCCCCCGGCACGGUUACGGCAACGUCACCUUCAUCAGCGACUCCGUCCCCAAUUUCACCGAGCUCUUCUCCAUUCCCCCCCCCGGCCCCAACGGAUCGCCCAGC